AUGGUCCCAGCAACUACCGGACCCCUCCUGCUGCACAGCUCUCCAUCGACGGCCACCGUUGGGGGCGGCUGGCUGGGCUGGCCCGCGGGUCCUCUCCAGCGAUGGAUCCCCCUCCCUCUCCUUCGCUCUCCGAGUCGCUCCCCGACCCGCUGGCUUCCCCAGCAGCAGAGGCUCAGACAGGGGCCACGAUCCACGCUGCCAGGUCGCUCCAGGGCUCCGGGAAGGUCCGCGCAAGACGGAGCACGUCUCCCCUGGCCCCUGGCCAGCCCCAGGUUAAGGCGUGGAGGUGGAGAAGGUCAGCGCGUUGGCGGCCGGCCACCGAGCGGUGCCAGAAACGGGGCAAGGAUGGCCUGGCCGCUUCCUCCCAGGCGACGCUCUGGGGAGAAGAAGGAGGAAUCCUCUGGCGGGGGACCCUCGCCUGCCUGCCAGAGCUGGCCCUGUGGGGCCCGGCAGUCUUGUGUCCCCCCCACGCCGCCGAUCGGCUCAACCCCCGGCCCUCGAGCGGCCUGGCGACCGGGGUCCUGCCCGCCACCGCCUCCCCCUUUCUGUCCCCCCUUCUGAAAGUGGGUGGCAAAGCCCCUCCUGGAUGGGCAUCCGGAAACACACCCCCUGGCAGAACCCGCCCAGGGAGGAUGCAGCAGAAAAGGUGGCGGGCGGAUUUUGCUCCACCCGGUGAAGGGUGUUGUGUGGACGCAGCCGGUCUGUAGCCUAAUCCCUAAAGGAGGCUUAAUCAUUAGUUUGAGAACACACCCCAGGAACAGCC